AAAGGACUGCAAUAAAAUGAUUUUUAUUUCCUUUGCUUUAAUUUGAGAAAAGAAGCAGCAUUUUCAUUUUGUAAAAAAGAAUGGUAUGAGUGUUACCACACCUGGGAGGUCACCACACCUAUCCUUUGGGUCUGAAUGAUGCUUUGAGUGACAAAGGGGCUGGGCGCUUAGUUAACGAGGCCCCCUGGCUGGCCCUGCCUGGCUGUUUACUUCUAGCAUUUGCUCAUACCCCACUCUCAUGAAAAUUAGAAGAAAAUAGAAAGUUCGGAGGCCUUUAAAGAAGCAGUUGGUGUGGGUUUCAGCUGGUCUGCACCGUGAGUGCCCGGGGGCUUAUCUGCCCUGGGAUGCUGCUUUGAAAAGCUGAAAAGGAGCUUUUACAAGAAAAAUUAGAAAUUGGCUCCUCUGUUGUUAGAAUGGUUUUUCUUCAAGUGGCAUUGACUUAGGCCAUCUUACUGAAAAGAGGCUAGAGCCAGGGGUAUCACCCUCAUGGGCCCUGGCUUGUGGAGGGGAUGAUAAGAAGGACCAAAGAGUGGAGGUGUUUUUCUUUAGUACAGCCACCCCUGCUCCAAAGGAGAGCGCUGUUACUUUGCCCUCAUUUACGCAUGUGUGAGAGAUAUUCACCUAACACCCAUAUUUUAAAGAUAUGUAAAGAUGACCAAAUUUAGCAUAUUAAAGGAAACCAGUAUCACUGAGGGCCUUGUGGUGGCUGUGGCAGACCCUUCACGCCUGUGGGCACAAGUGUGUGGACUCCACCCUCUCUGAGAAGUUGACCUCUGACCUAAGCAGAGGAAGUAGCCCCAGAGUCCUCUCUCAGACAUGAUCAACUGUCAGUUUGGUGGCUCGCCUGGGCGUGCUGGUCAGAAUGGAUAUGGGUGGAAUUUCCUUUUCCUUCCUCAUUUCCCUUUGGUACUUGAGGGGAAUAUCACAGAGGGCCGUGGACCUGGCAGCCCUCAGGUGUCAACAAAGCCACCUGUGACAUCAGCCACCACUGUUUGGACUGGGUCUGUGGGUCCCAGCAGCUGUCAGAAAGAUGAAUGCCAGAGCCUCAAGAACUUCAGUCCUGUAGUGCCUUCUUGGAAAAGUCCAUGACAUAAAAACACCACGAGGAAGAUGAAGGCUCGGGCUCCCCUUCCUCCUGGAAAUCCUGCUACUUUGAAUGUUCAUGGUGAACUGAAACCUAGCACAGAUUUGGGCCCCAGCCCUCAGCAGAACCUUAUCAACAUGAAAGAAAAUCUGCGGAACAGUAUGGUGGAUAUCACCGUGGUUCUUCCCAGUGGGCUGGAGAAGAAGAGUGUGGUCAGUGGGAGCCAUGCAAUGAUGGACCUUCUGGUUGAACUUUGCCUUCAGUAUCACCUGAAUCCAUCCCACCAUGCCCUUGAGAUUCGGUCUUUGGAAACCCAACAGCCUUUGAGUUUUAAGCCAAGUACAUUGGUUGGGACCCUAAAUGUGCACACCGUAUUUCUGAAAGAAAAAGUUCCUGAAGACAAGGCCAAGCCUGGGGCAUCUAAGGUGCCUGAGAAAUCUGUGUGUUUGGUAGUGAAUUACCUGCGAACACAAAAAGCUGUUGUGCGUGUGAGCCCUGAGGUCCCUCUCCAGAAUAUUCUCCCAGUCAUUUGCGCAAAAUGUGAAGUCAGCCCAGAGCAUGUUGUACUCCUCCGGGACAACAUUGCUGGGGAGGAGCUGGAACUUUCCAAGUCCCUGAAUGAGCUGGGGAUAAAGGAACUCUACGCGUGGGACAACAAAAGAGAAACCUUGAGAAAAUCAUCACUUGGUGAUGAUGAAACAGAUAAGGAGAAGAAGAAAUUCCUGGGAUUUUUCAAAGUUAAUAAAAGAAGCAAUAGUAAGGGCUGUCUGACAACGCCAAACUCCCCGUCUGUGAAUUCACGUUCCAUUACGCUGGGUCCAUCCCUCUCACUCAGCAACAUCUCAGGGGUGUCCGUGAAGUCGGAGAUGAAGAAGCGCCGAGCUCCUCCUCCUCCCUCCUUGCCAAGUACAGGGACACCUGUGCAAGACAGGGCAUCGGAAAAGGUUUCCCUGGGAUCCCAGAUUGAUAUACAGAAAAAGAAGAGGCGGGCACCAGCCCCCCCUCCGCCACAGCCACCACCGCCCAGUCCCUUGGUACCCAGCCGCACAGAGGACCGGGAGGAGAACAGGAAGAGCACCAUGGGUGUUGGACGGCAGGUGCCACAAAAGCCUCCCCGAGGCACAGCGCGGGGCCCACCCCAGUUAGUGCUCCCCCCGCCCCCGCCCUACCCUCCUCCCGACUCGGAUGUGGCUGAGCCUCUUGGCUUUCCUGGGGAAGGCGCUGGUCAGGAGGCCUCAGACCUGAGACCCAAACUGAGUCUGCCCCUGGGGCCCAGUAGCAAUUGCAUGGUGGACGGUGGCCCGCUGGCACUGUCCGAGGCCGAGGAGACUGCAUCUGUGGGCAGCUGCUUUGCAUCGGAGGACACGACUGAAGACUCGGGAGUGAUGAGCUCCCCUUCAGACAUCAUCUCCCUGGAUUCACAGCAUGACAGUGUGAAGUCCAAAGACAAGUGGACCACAGACCAGGAAGACUGCAGUGACCAGGAUCUAACAGGAACCCCAGAAAUGGGCCCCCAAAGGAGCCCCUCAUGGGAGAGGAACGGCUCUGGGCACUUGCAUCAAAGACCUGAAAAAGCUGCUACAGCCUCAAAUGAUGAUGAACACCUAUUGAUCACUGGACAGUUCCAGAAAACCCAUGCAGAGCUUGAUGAAGAAGAAAUGGAAGAGAGUUAUGAAACAGACACCAGCUCUCUAACCAACUCUUUAAAUGAUGUCUCCAACCACUUGACACAAGAUGCCAUAAUCACCAGCAGCAAUGCAGAUGCAAUCCCAGUGACAUUCAUAGGGGAAGUUUUAGAUGAUCCCGUUGAUCUGGGGCUGUUUUCCAACAGAAACAACAAUGCAGGUUCUUCUGACACGGGAAGCAUUGCCAGCAGAAGAACCCACCUGUCAUUCCAGGCUGAGGAUAACCCGCCCCUUGGAAAGAAGAGAGAAGUGCCUGAAUCAUAUACUCCUUCCCAUGACAGUGGAAAAAACACCAGAUUGGCCUUAUCCAACACCUGUAAUGCUGUGAAUUCAAUUAAAAUUGGACCCAGAGUGACUACUUCUGCCUCAAAGUUACACACGGAUGACCUAAAUGCACAGGAAAAGAGCCAGGUGUAUGGCUGGACCUGCAGUGAAAAGACUGGACCUGCUACCCAGAGAGGGAAUUCACAGCCAGCAAGUGAAAAGGAAGGCAAUGAUAAAAAUGAAGUCCUGUCACCACCUUCGUGGUAUCAACGAGGCCAAAACACAGGGGGAAGUUAUGGACUUAAAUAUGGCCUCACGACAUACAAAAUUGUUCCUGCAAAAUCAGAGAUGAGGUGUUAUGACCGAGGAGCAUCCCUCUCAACGGGUGCCAUUAAGAUUGAUGAGCUAGGGAAUCUGGUGGGUCCCUACAUGAACGGGAGCAAGACCAUACCCGUGUCAUCAUCCGUUCUUGAAACAGAAGGUCAACCCGUUGGAAAAGUAAAAGAAUUCUGGAGGUCCACCUCCAUGGAAAAUCGUUCCAGUGUGCCCACGGAGUGCCCAGUGAAAAGAACCAGCACCACCCUGCCAACUAACCCCCAGAAUCCAGAAAGCAGGCUCAGAGCACACCCCACCUCUCCAGGCCCCACACUGACAUUGCCCCAGCAGCAGCCUGCACCCCGAGAAGAUGGGAGGCAUCUGGAGGAAAGGAGAAGCCAGUCACACAGAGCCAUCACUGUUCAGGCAAAAGGGCCAGCAACUACCACCACAGAAGUCUCUUUUCUCAAGCCCCCGAGAAGAACAUCCAGCCAGUACGUGGCCUCAGCUAUAGCCAAGCGGAUAGAAGCCCAAAAACCCCAUGCUAACUUGACAGUGAAGCACAGUGAUGCUCAGAGGAGUUAUGAAGGCAGAGCCCCAAAGCCAGCUGGACGACAUCUUGCUACAAAAGAUAAUAUAACCCCCAACCCAUGCUCAGAGACAGCACUACGUAAAGAUGAUGCAAAACAGCCCUGCUUCAACCUCUCCAGCAGUAACGGGGUGGAAUCAGCAGUGGGUACCCAUCCAAGAGCGGAGAUCACUAGCUCCUAUGGAAAGUUAUCUGCUCAAAACUGUCCUGCUGGAACUCCAAAAAGCUCCUUUGUCCCACUAAUCAAGCCUUCCCAGAGGGAUCAUGUUUCUGUGGGACAGAGCUGUGGCUUCAGUGGAAAGCAGAGUCCGAGGAACCAGAAGACCAGCUCAGCGUCUGAACCACAGUACGUGCAGGACAGUACAGACGCCCCCCCUUCCCACUCAGCGGAUGAGCAGGCCUCCCCCAGGGCUUUGGUGAAUGGCUUGAGGUGGCCCCCAGUCAGCAGCGAACCUCCUCACUCCCUGAAAGUGUCCACCACGAACAGCCAUGUGUCUCCAGACACGGAGCAGAAACCGAAUACAUUAUCUACAGAUGCAAACGAAACAGAGGGCACUUUGACAUCCAGCAUUUUCGGGCCAAAGAAGAAAUUCAAGCCUGUCAUCCAAAGGCCAGCGCCAAAAGACACGUCCCUGCACAGUGCUCUGAUGGAAGCCAUCCAUGCAGCAGGAGGGAAGGAAAAGCUGCGGAAGACUGCAGAGCACACCUCAGAGAGAGGGCCAAAGAAGCUGUUCUACACGGAGGCAGAGAGCGAGCGGUCGGCACUGCUGGCGGCCAUCCGUGGGCACAGUGGUGCCUGCAGCCUGAAGAAGGUGUCAUCCCUUGCCUCUGAGGAGCUCCAAACCCUCCGAGAUGCUGAACUGUCUGCACACGGGUCACAAAUCCCUCAGCAAGACAGCCUGUGUGUAUCACCCCCACCACCCCCCUUGCCUCCUGCUGCCCCAGCUCCCCCCGUGCCCAGGACAGCGACAGCCUCCAAGUUCAGCACGGGCACUCUCAACAACCCUGUGGAUGCCAGGCAAGCCCUGAUGGAUGCCAUUCGCUCCGGCUCGGGGGCUGCGAGAUUAAAAAAGGUACCCUUGCUUGUGUGAAUACCAAUAAAGGUCAGAUAAUUGCAAAAACUCUUCCUGUAAGACAUCCAGAAUCAUCGCUCAAGGACUCCACGUGGCAGGAAACAUCAGGAUUUGAUGCUACUUUCUUGCCUACAGGCCAAAAUACAUAUAGUUGAUUUUCAGAGCGUUCCCAUAUAAUGGUUCAAAGGGAGGUAACAAUUUUGCUUUGCUGCAAGGCUUGUGUGCCAAGGAGAUGUAUUUUGCCUCUGCAUAUUCAAAAUUGCCAAUAAACUAUUCUUGUUGGCAGGUGAAUGGGAAUCUGAGUGCUGCAACCUAGCACUAACACGUGAUUAGAUUUACGGAAAAAGUGAAAAGAAUCAGGCCUCCGACCAAUUUUGGACCUUUACGAUUUUACUACAGAUGGUUAAAAUCAUUGACUUGUUUAAAAUUUUUUGAAUUCUGGAAAAAUUCAGUUGAAACAAUCUAAAUGUAAUAGGCUAUGUGAUGCUACAUGUGUUGGUAAUAACAAUGAAAGAGUUGGGAGAAUUUUUCAAAGGUGAAAGUGUAAUAAUGAAACGAUUGGGUUCUUAUUCCUCAAAGAGUUGGGGCUAAAACCUCUUGGAGGUUUAUUGGCCAUAAUCCGGUCCACUGAGUUUUUAAAGAAAUUAUUGUCAUGCAGAACACUGAUCAUACGUGAUCAUGUGGGUAGGGCAUUUCUGAAUUUCCCAAAGGUGGCAGGUGGCUGAGAUCCAGGACCACACUGGAGUGGACGGUCGGAUGAACAGGACUCCACUUUGUGACACUUGGUCCCCAGUGGGCUAUGAAGUAUAGCAGGCCUCCCAAAACAGGGGCUGUGUAUGGGACCCACAGACUUCCCCAGAGGCCUUCUGAACUCCCUCAGAGGACGGAGGGGUGCGGAUGUUGGGUGUUUGUAUGUUGCAGAUGUUGAAUCAAAAUUGUGCUUAUUAUUUCAUGAUUUGAGUUCAGUCUUGAUCCUUUUGCUCAACAGACCGGCAGCUCUCCUCGUAUUAUAUACCAGUCCUCUCCUAGCACAUGGUGUUCAGUCAUCAGUAUUUAUAACAGAGUUUAACUACAGUAGUAAUUUUUCAUAUAUAGACCUAAAACAUUUUGUUAUAUUGGAAUCAAAGCUCUUUAAGAGGUUAAUAGAAAUCAAGAGAAGUUCAUUGUUCUAAUGGAACAACAAAUAUGGCUACAUCAUUUUAAUGUCCUUACAAUCUGGGCAUCAAGUAGAAUGGAAUCUCAGCUUUGCAUUGUCUGAUUAAGGUUGCUAAACUUCCUUGGUGAAGAAAGAGCAUCCAGCCAAUUGCUCUUAUCCACAACUGUCUCUGCUAUGUGUCUUUUAGUGCCACAAAUAAAAUCAAAUUGCAGAAAUUGUGUGAAUUUCAUGACUUUAUACUACAAUUGUUUGGAGGUUACAGGAUAUCCCACUCCCAAAAUAGAAAGCAGGAAUUCAUUUAGUCUAUCAACAAACACUUAGAACCUGCUGACUACACUCCUCUAGGCACUGGAUUACAGCAGAUAACAAAACAAGAAAACCUCUGCCCUUGUAGAGUUUAUGUUACAGUGGAGGAGAGAGACCAUAAACAGGAUAAAUAAGCUAAAUGUUGAGUCCACUUAGAUGCUUCUAAGUGCUAACCAAAAGGUCAGCAGUUCGAAUCCACUGACUGCUCCUUGGAAACCCUAUGGGGCAGUUCUGCUCUGUCCAAUAGGGUCACUAUGAGUCAGAAUCAACUCGACAGCAACAGGUUUUGGUUUUUGGUUUUUAAGAGGUAAAUAGAAAAAUCAAGUAGGGAAAGGGAAUGAUAAAGGACUCAACGGAAGGUAACAUUUGAGGAUAAAGUCUGAAGGAGAUGAGAGAGCAAACCAUGGUGGAAAGUAUUCCUGGUAGAGAGAAGAGCAAGUGCAGAAGCAGGCGUUUGCCUGGAGACUUAGAGGAACAAGAAGGAGGCCAGCACAGAUGUGUCUUAGUUCCUAGUGCUGCUGUAACAUAAUACCACAAAGUGGGUGACUUUAAAAUACGGAAUUUUAUUUUCUCACAGUU